AUGGCGUCCCUUCUCUCGACACCUACAGAGACUCUUCGCAUCAUAUUUACUUCCCUAUCGCACAACGAUCUUGCCGCGACGUGGUCAGACUCCCAGCACCCCCCAAUCGCUCAAUUCUUGCGAAGCAUCGUUCAGAGGCCCGAGCUCGCAACGUAUGUUCACGAUGUGGUCCUUCACGGUGACAGUUUUGACCAGGGCGUAGAUGACCCAGGAAAUGAAAGCCCCAAAAUUCCAGUCACAGAACCUGUCGUGAAUGAGCUGGUGGAGUUUAUUACAAGGAUCAAUGUUCCUUAUGCUGAUAAAUGGACCCAAAAGCUACGCGCCGGAUCGAUGGACGCGUUCGCCACUCUUCUCAUAUCACAACUCCACAAUCUGAAGCGUCUCUACCUUGACAAAAACUACAACCGAGAGACUCACCUCAGGGGCAUGAUGCUCCGGUCGGCACUCUGCGAGGAGCCCAAAAAUAGCCAUCUCAGUUCUUUCGCAUAUCUUAAAGAUAUGCCUGCAGAUUCUGCCUGUCUUUACUACGAUAUUCGCGAGAAAACGGAUACUAGGAACACACAAGACAUCCUCCCUCUCUUCUACCUACCAUCAGUUACACGACUAGGGCUUUGGUCGAUAACCCUGCUACUUUCGCAUGGACCGGAAAGAAUCCACCAAAUCCACGGAGACUCACGACACUUGACUCGACUAUGUUACGUGAGAGACAUCUUGGCCAAGUCUUAUCGGUUACACCUAGGCUUCAGAAGCUAG